UUUGGUUUUUUUUUCUUUUAUUUUUCUUUUUUUCCUUGGGGAUUCUCCUCUCUCCUGCCAGACUGACUUGCACCUUCUUGAUAAUUUCUCUUCCCCUCGUUUUUUUUAUACUCUUCUCCCUGCUUCCAAACCCUGUGUCUGUGUGUUUCAAUACUAUCACAACCUCUGCUAAAAAUAGAUCUUUUUAUAUACCCUUUCUCCUCUCUGACCCCAUCCAACACCCCUUGUUAAGGAAACCAUCUUACACCAAGAGCAAGAAACGUAAAUUCACUUGGCUGUCCCAUCUCUCUAAGGGACCUGAUGCAUGAGUGGACUAGAGAAAAUAAAGAGAAAAACAACUCCAAAGACCUACAGAUCAUCUUGCUGGCAGGGGCAUUUUCAACACUUUUAAAUAACUUCCUUGAGACAGCAGAGUGACUGCAACAACAGUUUUUUAAAUAUCACUGGUCUUCUGAAAAAUUGAUUAAGUAAAUAGAAAAAAACUCAGAAAAACGAAGCUGCUUUCAAGUAUUGAAGAUACAAGGCCAGGAUGAACACGAAGGACACAAAAGCGACUGAAGGAGGUCUCAAUGUCACGCUUACCAUUCGACUUCUCAUGCAUGGCAAGGAGGUUGGAAGCAUUAUUGGAAAGAAAGGUGAGACAGUUAAGAAGAUGAGGGAGGAGAGUGGUGCUCGAAUCAAUAUUUCAGAAGGCUCCUGUCCAGAGAGGAUUGUGACAAUAACAGGCCCAACAGAUGCAAUUUUUAAAGCUUUUUCUAUGAUUGCACUAAAAUUUGAAGAGGACAUAAACGCUUCAAUGACAAACAGCACAGUGACAAGCAAACCGCCUGUAACACUGCGGCUCGUCGUCCCGGCAAGUCAGUGUGGAUCCCUUAUAGGAAAAGGAGGUUCCAAAAUCAAAGAAAUCAGGGAGUCCACAGGAGCGCAGGUGCAGGUCGCAGGGGACAUGCUGCCAAACUCGACAGAGCGCGCAGUGACUAUCUCAGGCACUCCUGAUGCCAUUAUCCAGUGCGUGAAACAAAUAUGCGUGGUUAUGCUGGAGUCCCCACCCAAAGGUGCCACCAUCCCCUACCGUCCCAAACCUGCCUCUGCACCUAUCAUUUUUGCAGGUGGCCAGGUAAGAGCAGACACCAUUUUGGCUUCAGCUGGAAACCACACCGUCUUGGCCCAACCUCAGCCAGCGCCUGCGUUCACGAUUCAGGGGCAGUAUGCCAUCCCUCAUCCAGACUUGACCAAGCUUCACCAGUUGGCUAUGCAGCAUCCCCCCUUUACUCCCCUUGGGCAGACCACCCCUGGUUUCCCUGGACUGGAUGCCACUACUCCAACCAGUUCCCAUGAACUUACUAUUCCCAAUGAUUUAAUAGGCUGCAUUAUUGGCAGACAAGGCAGUAAGAUAAAUGAAAUCAGGCAGAUGUCAGGAGCGCAGAUCAAGAUUGCUAAUGCCACAGAAGGCUCCGCAGAACGACAAGUUACAAUCACAGGAUCCCCUGCAAACAUCAGCUUAGCACAGUACCUCAUUAAUGCAAGCAUAUACUUUCUCAAAUCUGAAUGUCUGGGAGAUGCUAUGCAAUCAAUGGUCCACGCAUAACUGAGAAGAUUCCUUCUAAGCUGAAGAAUUAUCUGAAUGGCUAAUGCUAGCAAAAUGUAUCCACCAUUGCUUUUGUAUGAACAUUCGCUCUGUUUAUAGUGCUGACCGCUUUAAAAUGAGCAAUGAUAAGUUUUUUUGCACCACUUUUCUUAGCAGGUGAUGUAUGAGCAGUUAUUUGCAAUUAAAAUUAAAAAACUAGCAAAUACUCUAGGGAAAGAUUGAGAACACCAGAUGUAUCUUUAGUGACAGUUUUAUAUUGUACAAAAGGGCAGAUAAAAACCUGUUCCGGGAAGACUUUCUGUGCAAUGCCGAGCAGUAAAAAAUACAGGGAAAAAAGUACAGAAAAUGUGUGGCCAACGUAUGUGUUUCACACAAAAUCUUUUGUCACUUUCCCAAAUUUUGGGGUUCCUUUCCAGUACAUUAAAAUUAACCGCAAACCCCAGGUUACCUACACUUUAUAGAUCCUUUUUGAAAACGACAAACGGGUGGUGUUUUGUUCUGUGUUUUUCAAGGUUAAAAUAUGAAUAUUUUGCAUCUGAACAAGAGCCCACAAUUACGUCCUGUUUGGAUACAGGAUGCUGAUCUGAGUUAUAGGCUACCUUAUUUAAACACGAUUUAACAAACGUAACUAGAUACUGACGACUGGAUCCUGAUCAAAAGCUUUUUCAACUUAAUUUCCCAUUAAGUGGAAAACAGAAGGAAUCCUUUGCUCAUUUAUAAAGUGCAUUUAACCAUACACUGCAUUGCAACAGCUGAUAAAUGCAGAUGUCAGUCAUUCUGCAGAGCUGCAUGAGACUGUUGUUUUCCUUAUUGUGUAUAGUAUUUAGAAUCAAUAAAAAUAGAUUCCAUUA